AUGUCGUCCUCGUCCAGUGAAAAUUUACCAACAACUGCUACCCUUGACUGUUUACUCACAAAUAUUGAAAUCUUGAGUCCUUUAAAUCUUACACCAUUAACUAAUUUUAUUCGUCAAGAGGUUAUAAGCCACGUAUCAACAUUUGAAAAUAGAUGUAAUAAGAAUUGGUUAUUUUCAGGACUUGUUAAACUUGGAAUAUCAAGAUUUUAUCUUUUUAUUUUAUUGAUAAUAUUCACAGGAUUAACCGUUAAAAAUAUGUAUAACAGAUCAUUAUAUUUAUUAUGUAAUUUGAUCGGUGUAGUUUAUCCAACUUAUCGAUCAAUGAAGAUUAUCGAUAAAGAAAAAAAACAAUGGUUAACAUAUUGGACAAUUUAUGGAUGGUUACAGAUUGCAGAUUAUUGGUCUGAAUCACUACUUAAAUUAUUUCCUGGUUAUAAUAUUUUCAAAUUAUUAUUUCUUUAUUGGGCACAAAAUGAUAGGUUUAAAGGUGCUACUGUAAUAUUUGAAUCAAUAAUUAAACCUUUAAUAAAUAAAAAAUCAUUUACUACUAUAAAUAAUAUAAAUAAUCAAAGAUCAUCAUCAUCAUCAGAUGAAAUAUUAGAACAAUCAUAUAAUAACAACAACCACCACAACAACAAUAAUAAAUCGUCAUCUUUAAAAAUAAGUAAUGCAUCAAUAACAACAACUUCUUUAAAAAAUGAACUUAAUACAGAAGAUAUUUGGAAAAAAGAUAUUGCAAUGUAUGAGACAACAAAUGAUGGGCUGAUCGGUGAAGAAUUAUUGCGUCGUGGUAUACUAGAAAGUCGUUUAAGUACUGCAUGGCUCGAUGACCUUAUGAAGGAAUGGGAAAAAACCGUAGAUGGAUUCCUUGGAAAUACUGAUAUUGCAUAG